UGGGCCCACUAAAAUAAGCUGGCUGAAAAGCCGUAUUUGUUCUCCCAGGGAAAGGAUCUGCAAAAAAGAGAGGUGAACAAUGCAGUUCUAUUUAAAUUCCAUCUGUGUUCUGCUUCUUUCUGUUACUUGCAAGCAUCCAACACAGACCACCAUGAUUUCUGCCACAACUGUCAACGCCACCACCACAGCUCCUUCUGCUGCCCGCCUGAGCACCAUCACUACUGCCAAGGCCACCACUGCAGCUCCUUCCACUGCUGGACCCACCACCAUCCCUGAUGUCAAUGCAACUACUGCAGCUCCUUCCACUGCUGGACCCACCACCAUCACUGCCACCAAUGCAACUACUGCAGCUCCUUCCACUGCUGGACCCACCACCAUCACUGCCACCAAUGCAACUACUGCAGCUCCUUCCACUGCUGGACCCACCACCAUCACUGCCACCAAUGCAACUACUGCAGCUCCUUCCACUGCUGGACCCACCACCAUCACUGCUGCCAAGGCCACCACUGCAGCUCCUUCCACUGCUGGACCCACCACCAUCACUGCUGCCAAUGCCACCACUGCAGCUCCUUCCACUGCUGGACUCACCACCAUCCCUGAUGUCAAUGCUACCAAUGCAGCUCCUUCCACUGCUGGACCCACCACCAUCACUGCCACCAAUGCAACUACUGCAGCUCCUUCCACUGCUGGACCCACUACCAUCACUGCCACCAAUACCACCACUGCAGCUCCUUCCACUGCUAGACCCACCACCAUCACUGCCGCCAAUGCUACCACUGCAGCUCCUUCCACUACUGGACUCACCACCAUCCCUGAUGUCAAUGCUACCAAUGCAGCUCCUUCCACUGCUGGACCCACCACCAUCACUGCCACCAAUGCAACUAAUGCAGCUCCUUCCACUGCUGGACCCACUACCAUCACUGCCACCAAUACCACCACUGCAGCUCCUUCCACUGCUAGACCCACCACCAUCACUGCCGCCAAUGCUACCACUGCAGCUCCUUCCACUACUGGACUCACCACCAUCCCUGAUGUCAAUGCUACCACUGCAGCUCCUUCCACUGCUGGCCUAGCCACCACCAAUACCACUGCUAUUGUUGGCCCAGCCAAUGCCAAUGCCGCCACCACGGCCUCAUCCACUGCUGGCACAAAUGUCACCACUGCAGUUCCUUCCACUGCUAACAUGACUAUCACUGCUGCUGCCAAUGCCAUCACCGACACCACUGCCAGCCUACCCAAUGCCACCAUCAUGGCUCCUUCUACAACCAGCAUAGCCACCACCAAAGCUGCCAAUGCUACUACCGAGACAUCUUCCACAGCCAUUCCAGCUACCACCAACACUACCACGGCUGCCAGCCCAGGCAAUGCCACCGCCAUGGCUCCUUCGCCCGCUAGCCUGAGCACCACGACUACCACCAAUGAUACCACUGCAGCUCCUUCCACUCUUGUCCCAACCACCAUCACUACCAGCCCAGCUUCUGCCAACACCACUACCAUGGCCUUUUCCACUGCUGGCCCAGCCACCAGCCACAUCACCUCUGAGGCUCACUCCACUGCUGAACCGACUACCAAUGCUACUGCCAAUGCAGCCACCAAUGCUGCUCCCUCCACGACCAGCCUGACCACCGUUACUGCCAAUACCACUCCCACGGCUGCUGCUAGCCCGGCCAACACCACCACCAUCACCUCAGCUCGCUCUACUGCUAGCCAAAGCUUCACCGAGGCUUCUCCUUCCUCUGGCUCAAACAUCACUAUCCAAUCUCCUCCUAAUGUACCAAGCAAUAUCACCAUCACAAGUCAGUCUACUCUUUCUACAACCAUCAAAAACAGAGCAAAUGUGUUCCCAAUUACUUCAUUUUUUGGACUUGCAGUACUUGCAAUUUCUGUAUUUGGCUAGUAAGACAACGAUCUGCCUAGAUCAUUUUAAUCUUUUAAUAUUUGUACAUAUGUCUACACACUAGAGUGUUUUAUUUGUAUGGAUUGUAAUGGCCUUUGGCCACAAACAAUAAAAUUACCUUACCUUACCUUACCUUACCUUACCUAGUAAGACGACAAUUCAUACAUGGCCAUUUUAUGGGGAACACAAAUCUGGAAA